AUGGACCCGUUCACUGAGAAGCUCCUUGAAAGAACCCGUGCCAGGCGAGAGAACCUGCAGAAGAAAAUGGCUGAGCGGCCCAAGAUGGGAGUGAGACCCACAAUGCAGACCAAGAGGGUCAGAGAGCCUUUGUUAGAAACUGGCAACCAGGCUCCUCCUCCUGGUGAAGAAGCAAAACCUGGUACAAAGCCAUCGCCAUCGAAGAGGCUCUGCCCUAACAAUGUGGAGACUCAAGCUUCCAGUUCAGAGAACAUACAGCCAGUUCCUUCAAGUUCCACAAGCCAUCAUUCUCCUGAGAUGACUUCAGAGUUGCAUGUAGCUGCUUCUAACAGGGCUUCAUUGGCUCAGCCCCUUGAGAAAGGAAAAACAAACACGGAGUCAGAAACUCCUGCAGCCCUUUCAGUCAAAACACGUAUGCAGAAAUUGGCAGAACAGCGACGCUGCUGGGAUAGUGAGGAUCUCUCUGAAUGUGUUCCUCUGUCUCCCCUCCAGUCAAAAGAUCUGUCUGUUUCUCCACCUAAGCAGACAUCUAAUGCCCUGGCAAGUGAUACCCCCAUUGGGAGAAGAGGCCGUUUAGCUAACCUUGCUGCUACAAUUGGUUCCUGGGAAGAUGACCUAAGUCAUCCAUCUGCAAAGCAAAACAAUGCACAAGAACAGCCUGGCACUACUUGUUUAUCCAAAUUGUCCACUACAAGUGGAGCAUCUGCUAGAAUCAAUAGUAGCAGUGUAAAGCAGGAAGCUGCAUCCUGUUCUCAAAGGCUUGUUGAGGCUUCUAUUAAUAAACCAGCAAGCUCAAAGGUAGCGGAUCCAAACAGUUUUUUAACACAAUCCUCAAGAGUCACUGUCCCCUGUUCUAAGGAAUCCGAAGCACAACAACCGCUAACAGGGAAUCCCUGCAGCCCUCAGAAAACAGGAAAGCGUACACAAACAGCAAAAUCAACUUUGUCUCAACCAGUUCAAUCCAAAGAAGAGCCAGUCAAAGGAACACAUGUGCAACUUGAACCUAAGGGUAAACCCACAACACCCGGGGGAUCAGGAAUUAAGCCCUUCCUGGAACGCUUUGGAGAGCGCUGUCAAGAGCGUAGCGCACGGAGUCCUGCUACGAAUACUCCAGGGUGCAGAACGCCCAUUGUUACCCCAAAUACAAGGACAAUCCAGGAAAGGCUGCUCAAACAAAAUGAAAAUUCCUCUACUGCCAGUUUAGCACUUCAGCUUAAGCAGGAACGUGAGCGAGAACUUGCAAGCCUUCGUGGCCGGUUUGAUAGGGGCAAUCUUUGGAGUGCAGAGAAAAGUGAAAGUUCAAAGAGAAAACUUCCAGAAGCUAAAAUGGAAAGCCAAUCUCAGGCUAGUCCAAAACGUCCUCCUAGUUCAGAUGCCACUGCUUUUGGAUCAGCAGAAGACACACCAGCAGGUGACAGGCCAGCAAAGUCUCCCAGUGUGGAGUCUUCAGAUGCUCCUAAAUGUGAAGAGACUGAUAAACCCAGUCCUCUGAAGAUCACUGAGCCAAAGAGCCCUGUAAAAGCGAUGUCUAUCUCAAAACUUGAACAACUUGCUGAGAAACCGAAAGAUGAAGUAUAUGAAAUCGAAAUGAGUGUGGAUGACGAGAUGAAUAGUUCAAAAGUGAUAAAUGAAAUUUUUGAAGUUCUUCAAGAGGAUGGUCCAGACAUAGAAAAGUUGAAGAAAGAAAUGAGCAUGAGCCUGGAAGGUGAAAGUGAUGAAGAUGAGCAGGAAGAGUCACUGAAUAUUUCAUCAAUGUCUCUGUUAACCCCUCUAGUGGAAUCUGUUGGUCCAGAGGCCUUUGUUUCUCCUUGUAAGUCAAUUGGUGAAGGUAGCAGUAUCAGUGAUGUAAGUCUGAAGUCUGAAAAGUCCCAAAGGACUAAAGUCCCCAGGGCAGAAUCUGGAGACAGUAUUGGCUCUAUGUCAGAAGAUCGCAACCUUCCAUAUAGCGUUGAUGCAUAUAGAUCUCAAAGAUUUAAAGAAACGGAUCGUCCUUCAAUAAAGCAAAUUAUUGUUCGCAAAGAAGAUGUUGCUUCCAAACUAGAAAUGAAAAAGAAUGGCCCAUCUGAUCAAGUCAAUAUCAAAAAGAAAAUGCAGGAGCUGAAUAAUGAGAUCAACAUGCAGCAGACAGUGAUUCAUCAAGCCAGUCAAGCUCUGAACUGCUGUUUUGAUGAGGAACAUGGAAAAGGGUCACAAGAGGAAGCAGAGGCAGAGAGACUUCUUCUCCUUGCAACUGAGAAGAGAACUGCUUUAUUGGAAGAACUGAAUAAACUGAAGAGUGAGGGGCCUCAUAGUAGAAGAAAUAAAGCUUCUACAUCCACUGAAUUUGCUCCAUCCAGGGGUUCUGUUUCCAUUUCAGAAAUGCGUCUACCUCUAAAAGCAGACUUUGUAUGUGGUACGGUUCAAAAGCCAGAAGCAGCAAAUUACUACUAUGUAAUAAUACUGAGAUCUGGAGCAGAAAACAUGGUUGCAACUCCAUUAGCAAGUACUGCCAGCUCCCUGAAUGGAGAUGCUCUUACUUUUACUACGAUAUUUACUAUGCACAAUGUGUCAAAUGACUUUGAAAUAAAUAUAGAAGUUUACAGUUUGGUGCAGAGAAAAGAAGUUACAAGCACUGAUAAAAGGAAAAAGGCAAAUAAAUCGAAGGUUAUUACUCCAAAGAGAUUAUUAACAUCUAUUACCUCUAAAAGCACCCUUCUUACUCCAGCCAUGGCCAGUCCAGGUGGCCCUAAUGCUGUACGCACUACUAAUUUCAUCCUUGUUGGAUCCCACAAGCUAUCACUGUCUUCUGUAGGAAAUGCCAAAUUUGCAUUGGACAAGAUAAAUUUUGAAGGGGAGGAAAAAGAACUGUUGGGCUAUAUGUUCCAGGACAAGGUUCCCUUUUUGUCUCCUUUGGAAGGUCAUAUAUAUCUAAAGUUAAAAUGCCAAGUGGACUCUUCUGUGGAGGAGAAAGGGUUCUUGACUAUGUUUGAAGAUGUUAGUGGAUUUGGAGCAUGGCAUAGGCGCUGGUGUGUGCUGUCUGGAAACUGUAUAUCUUACUGGACAUACCCAGAUGAUGAAAAACGAAAGCAUCCUUUGGGCCGGAUAAACUUGGCUAACUGCACUAAUCAUCAGAUUGAACCUGCCAACAGGGAGUUCUGUGCCCGUCCCAACACUUUUGAACUAAUAACUGUCCGUCCUCAGAGGGAAGAUGACAGGGAGACUCUUGUCAGCCAAUGCAGAGACACACUCUGUGUUACAAAGAACUGGCUGUCUGCUGAUACUAAAGAGGAGCGUAACCUUUGGAUGCAAAAGCUCAACCAAGUUCUUGUUGACCUUCGCAUGUGGCAGCCUGAUGCCUGCUACAGACCUGUUGGAAAGCUUUAAACUCUGGAAGGGAAAUAUGAAAAAAAAGUAUGUAAAAACCCACAUGAACUACAGAAAAAAAGAACUUAAAUGAAAAUGUGGGAAGUCCUCCGGGUCACUUAUGCUUUAAAUUUGAGAGAGUAUUUAACAUUAUACAGGACUAUGUUAUGCAGUAUUUUUAUUUCACUUUAAGAAUUUUAAAACUUUUUUACUUCCUAGCUUUUGAGUAUGGUAGGAAGCAAUUAGCUGUUUCUAAAUGUGCUAAAUAUUUAUGUAACUCCUUUUUUGUAAGUCUUUUUUAGCUAAGUACAUUCUCUUUAAACAGCUAAAUUAUUGCAGAAAAUCACACUUCAGGGCAGGAAAAGGGGGGGCAAGCUAGUAAAAAAACAAGCUUACUAGAUAACUCAGCUCCCUGAAAGAAACGAUAGCUCAGAGUUUUCUAACAAGGACGGCGCUGAAGCACAAGAUUCAAUAUUGGAUGGUUUGUCAGGUUUUUUGUAAUGAUCAGGCGUAGAAAUUACUAGUAAAUUUUAUUCUGCAACGUGCAAUAUAGGUGUUUCUUGCUUGCAUAGUGUCCUUGUGGUCCAAACAAAAGACAUGCACAAUAUAUUCAUACUUUUGCAAUUUCUCAUACAAACUGGUAUGGAUAAGUGUAUGGCAUGUAUACUUUGUGGUUUACAGGGGUGGAAUUAUGUAUGCAGUAUAUUGCACUUUGAUAGAAAUGAAAGGUCUUGAAUAUUUUUGUUAGGUCUGCUAUAUUAAAAAAAAAAGAAAAAAAAUUAGGUUUAGGAUUGUAUAUGUCAGUAUUUCCUGGGACUCACGGUUUGUACAAGCUAGAAUUCUCCAUUUGAGAACCAGGAAUAGGUUGUAAAAGUGCUUUUUUUAAGACACUACAAAGCUGCUAUGUACCAACUAAUACUCUGCUUGCCGAAAGUAUGGGUCUUCCUCCCCCUCGUAGACAGGUCCAUAAAUGCAGAUAAAAACGUUACUUCAGACCCAUCAAUAAAAUGGCAAAACUAUUCAGUUAAAACUUGCAAUUUUCACAGCUUUUCACUGGGCUUAGUGAAAUACCAUCUCAUUACUUCACUAUUGCUAAUGCAAUAGUGGAACACUUAAAAUUGCUAUUGCUGUGUUAUAUUCACACUUGAAACACUAAAUUCUGUUAGCUUAUACUCUUUUCAUCCUGCCACUUUUGUACUUUUGCUUUUAAAUCUAGUUUUCCUUUUCUGAUGUCU